UAAUGGAAAGUAGUUUACUAUCCAAGGAUAUUGAUGAUCUACCUCUAAUACUAAUGCAACUCAUUGACCAUCGCAAACUUUGAUUGGCCUUAGCACUACAUACUGUUUAUGUACGCCAGUGUCUGCGAGGAGCAAGAUAUAGAAAAAAAAUGAUAAAAAGUUCAUGUACGACGCACGAGCAAUUUUAAACCAACCCGGACGAUUAGCUCCCAGACAAUGGUGCACGUCGCGAAAAUAAUUGCAUAAAUUAUGCUCACGUACGCAUGCAUUUUCGUUGUUUUCCCUUUCCCUGUCUGUCGUACUAAUGGUUUGCACUAAUUUUCGAUUUUAUUGUACACGCACCGUUGGCCUUUGGCGGAAAACAUCAACACACCCUCAGCCUUUCCGUUUUCCCUGUCCACCGAAGAAAGCAACGGUGGGGAGGAAUAAACCACAGGUUACUUUCGACCAGGCAACCCACUAAUAGUGCACCAACUGAUUAGGCCCUUUCGACGGUAUACGUGCAUGAUGGAGUGAACGACAGUUGCAUUUUUGUCUGCAGUGGAAACGGUCGUUACUGAAGUCAUGCUUCCCGGGCUGUUAGUAUUGGCGGUGAUCUUGUGCACCGUAACACUGUCCUGGUACUGGAAGCAACGCUUACGAUGGGCCGAUCGGCUUCCACGCGCCCGUCCCGGAAAUCGGUGGUUAGGAAAUUUGGGUGACUUUCUUGGGAAAAGUCCGGGUGAAGUUUUUCUCGUGCUGGAUCAGUACUUCCGCCAGCACGAUCGUUUGUUCACGUUUCGCUUCGGCUCACAGCUUGCGAUCGGGAUAAUCCAUCCGGAGUUGGCACAGUACGUGCUAACGCAUCCCGACUGUCAGGCGAAACCGGAUCUGUAUAAAGUGGUACGACUACCGAACGGUCUUUUGGCGGCAAAAUACGAUGUGUGGAAAGCGCAUCGGAAAACGCUCAACUCAACGUUUAACGCCCGCAUACUGGAGAGCUUUGUACCGAUCUUCAACGACUGCACACAGCGCUUGGUGGGACGGUUAGAUCGCUACGCCCAGACAGGCGAUCGGUGCAACAUCCUGGAGUACAUCUCGGCCUGUACACUCGAGAUGAUAAGCCGCACCUCGCUGGGUGGAAAGGUUUUCGAGCGCGACGGUGCCGAACAGUUUAUAGCCAAUUUGGAGGUAGCACUGAAAACGAUUGGGGUGCGGAUUUUCAACAUUUUUCUGCACAUAGACUUCAUCUACCAGUUCACCGAGCUGUAUCGGAAUGAAAUGCGAGCAAUCAACAUUUGCCAGCAGUUUACGAGCAAGAUAAUCCAAGAUAAGAGGGAGGAAAUAGCACGUCUUUUUGAUGAAAAUGACAACUACCGGGAACAGGAUCGGGAGUCUCAGUAUCGAAAGCCGCAGAUUUUUAUCGACCAGUUGAUGAAGAUGCCACUCACCGAUCCGUCUGCACGCCAUUUUUCCAAUGAGGAAAUUUCGGACCACAUCUACACGAUGAUCGUUGCGGGUAAUGAAACAUCUGCUACACAAUUAGCACAUGCUUGUUUGCUGCUAGCAAUGCAUCCCGAGGUGCAGGCAAAAGCGUACGAAGAGGUUAGUGCGUUGGUUUUCUCACCCGAUCAGGAGAUCACGAUCGAGCUGAUGAAAGACCUACGCUACGUGGAGUGUGUACUGAAGGAGUCGAUGCGUCUGAUGCCGGUCGCACCGAUCGUUGGACGGCAGAAUUUGGCCGAGAUUGUGCUGGAUGGGCAUCGGAUACCGAAGGGAAGUGUGUUUCUGUUUCACUUCUACGCGCUGCACCGCCGGAAGGAUGUUUGGGGACCGACGGCAGAUGAGUUCGAUCCGGAUCGGUUUCUUGCCGGUGGAAGGCAUCCGUAUGCCCAUUUGCCAUUUAGUGGAGGUCCACGUGGAUGCAUCGGAUAUCGGUACGCCAUGAUGAGUUUGAAGACACUGUUGGCAAAGAUCUUGAGGAGCUAUGAGCUGACGACAAAUCUUCGCUUUGAGGAUAUACGGUAUCAGUAUCAGAUUUCGUUGAAUCUUGCCUUUCCGCAUGAGAUGCAGUUACGUCGGCGAAAUUAAGCUAAUCUAACACUAGGAGUUGUGUCAGUUACUUAAUUUCUGUUGAUAGCAUAAGAGAUGACAGUUCAGUUCACAAAAUAGUAUAUUAGUAUACAACGCAGUAAAACACAUAAUGAUCGUUUGUAUUAGUUCCAGAAAGAAAGACAACACAACGUAAAGAUCGAUCACAAAAAGCAAUAAAUUUCCGUCUAAAGUUCAAGUUCAUGAUGCUGUUUUAU